AUGGAGGUGAACCUGGACUCCUGCACGCGGGAGCAGACGAGCCGCAACGUGCUGGAGCCCACCCUCACCUGCUUUGACGAGGCGCAGAGGAAGAUUUUCCACCUGAUGGAGAAGGACUCCUACCGCCGCUUCCUCAAGUCCCGCUUCUACCUGGACUUGGCCGGCCCUUCCGGCUGUGGGUCGGAGAAGCAGAGCGCAGCCAAGAGCCCCGCAGACUGUCCUUCCCUGGUCCCCCAGUGUGCCUAACUGUCCCUCCCCGGCAAAGGGCCGACACGCUGAGACUCUGUGCCUGGAGAGUCCGAGGCCAAACCCCAACGUGCGUGGAGCCCACGCUUUGCCCACAUGUAGCUUAGUUUCUGUGCUGCCUGCCGCGUGCCGUUCAUUCUAGACUUAGUUUCGGUGUUCAUCAGCCCGGGACCUCAGCCCAGUCUCCACUGGAGUUUUUAGGGUGCCACGUGAGCACGUUCCAGAGAACAGUCUGAUAGACCUGGGUUUUCAGAGAUCAUAUGACAUCCACAGGGACGUGGGUUCCGUUAGCCAGCACUUUCUCCAAAGUCUAGACACUUAGAUGAGCUUGACCUAUCAUGUGGAUGUGAGUGUGCCUGUUUACACCACACACACAUGUAACAUGGAUGUGCACAGUCAUGAGCUCCUGGAGUCUCUUGCUCGCACAGAAAUACAUGUGUGUUCUGAUCACUGGGCGGUCACCCUGUGAUGGACAGGUCAGGCUGGACCGGCUCCAUGUCUCCUAAGAAAUGGAUGCUGACCUGGGUGAUGCUGUGAGGCUCCCCGUCUUGCUGGAGAAGUUCCAGGACGCUGUGUCAGUUGAG